AUGGUCAAUACGGGUCACCCGAGCAGGGCAUGCAAGCUCUGCCGCGCCAGGAGGAUCAAAUGUGACGAGACGAAGCCCUUCUGCCUCAAAUGCGCCAAGUCGAAAAGAACCUGCCCAGGCUAUCGGGAUGCAUUCGAGAUCAACCUUCGCGAUGAGACUCAAUCCACCAUCCGCAAGGCCAAGUCGGCUGCGUUGCGCAAGGCUAUUCGAGAGGGUCGCGCGACGGAACAGGAUGCAGAAAACGAAUGCCAAACCCAACCACAAGUGAUGGAAUGGACACCACCAGCAGCACCACCUCCACGAAAACAACAAAUCAUUCCGAUCACAGAAGACGACUGGUUUGAUAGAUACUCAAAUUCAUCUUCUUCUGAAGCGUCGCCUUCAAUGUCAUACGCCUCUUCUUUGUCGUACAUCAGCAAUCAGGCGCCCGAUACAUUUGUGUCAUUCAAAGACAUUGAAGGGGGGACUUAUGGCAUGCCACACACAUUGCAGACACCUCUCGACCAACAAGCGACAUGUUACUUUUUGGCAAACUACGUGCUUGCUCCUCCAACGGGAGUUGGCAGAGGGAUUCUCACAUUUGUACUACCCCUACUGAAUAUGCCCAGCUAUCAAGCGUCUCCUUUGCAGUCCGCUUUUUCGGCUGUAUCAAUGGCCGCUCUGGCUGGCAGGCCAAAUUCAAGACGGUUGUCUUCGAUGGCUCACCUACACUAUAGCAAGGCAUUAGAGGACUUGACUCGAGCUAUGCAAGACAAGAUCGCUGUGAGGCAGGACACCACGCUUGCCUCUGCAAUUCUCUUGGCCUUUUAUGAAGGACUGGUCUCAGACGACGUUGAAAUGUCUGGUUUCAAGAAGCACAUCUCUGGGGCGACUGCAAUAGUCAAGCUACGUGGACCGCAACAGACUGCGUCUGGCGUUGGCUUGAGCAUGUUUGAAUUUGUUCGGGCAACAUCGGUCCGGCAGUACACCUUCUUUGCAAAUAUUUCCUUGGAAGAUUUGACUUGGUGGGCACGGCAAGCCGUCUGCGACACUGUUGGCCACCAAGCUUUGGUAUUGAACCUUCAGACGACGCUCAUCCGUGGCGAGGCCGACAGUCUUCUAAAGGGAGCACGAACCACCGAUAAGAUCGACAAAGCUUUGAAGCUUUUGCAGAGGGCACGGAAAAUGGACGACGAUCUCGGUGUUUGGUUUGACAAGUGCCCGCCAGCAUGGAGAAAGGUUAUUUCAGGUUCGGCUGCGGAAGUUCCAGAGGACAAGAUCGGCUAUGUUUCGGCGUUUCCUGGACCUAUUUACGAUUACCCCAACGUAUGGGCAGCCGGCAAGCACAUCAACACCCACGUAUCUCGACUUCUUCUCAACCAGGUCAUUGUCCGUUGCAUCGCAUGGGUCUGCGCACCUAGUGAUCAUACUCUGACGAAAGAGUAUAUUGACGCGAAUCGGAUCGGAAUUGAGCAAGUGGCGGAUAUUAUCUCGAGCACUCCGUAUUUCUUCGGGUGGACCGGGGAUGCUCUGAGUACCCCCUACUUCCCAUGCGGGACAUCCGAGAUGCCAAAAGGCCUAGCUGGUGUGUCUUGUAUGUGGCCCUUGCUAGCUACUGGAUCGAGUCGAUUUGCGACCAGAAAGCAACGAAUGUACGUCAAAGCCCGUCUUGCAAAGAUUGCAGAGGAGAUGGGCAUCCGUCAGGCCGAUGUCUUUUCAAAGAAGAAUCCUGUCAAAGAAGAACAAACAGCCGACAACCCCUCUUGUGCCUGA